CGCGCAGGGCGGGGAGAGGCGACGGCUGUGGGCGUCUGGCCCCGAACCUGUCAGACCUGGGAGCCAGCCUCCAGCGGCCGGCGCGGCGGACGCGAGCACUACCCCGCUCUCCCGCUGCGCCGGGUGGAGCAGCGCGAGCCGGCCUCGCUGAGCCGGCGGGGGGCGGGGAGAUGAGCUGCGGCCCCGCGGCAGCGCCCCAGGAUGGGGAGGGACGCGCGGCACUGCCCUCGAGAACUGGCGCUCCGGUGAAGUAGGCGCCGCCGGCCGGCCGCCUCCCCCAAGCCGUUCCGCACCGCGGCCGCUCAGCCUCUGCCAUGGCCGGCUCUGGCGCGUGGAAGCGCCUCAAAUCUCUGCUGAGGAAGGAUGAUGCACCGCUGUUUUUAAAUGACACCAGCGCCUUUGACUUCUCGGAUGAGGCGGGGGACGAGGGGCUUUCUCGAUUCAACAAACUUCGAGUUGUGGUGGCCGAUGACGGUUCCGAAGCCCCGGAAAGGCCUCUUAACGGGGCGCACGCGACCCUCCAGGCCGACGAUGACUCCUUACUGGACCAAGACUUACCUUUGACCAACAGUCAGCUGAGUUUGAAGGUAGACUCCUGUGACAACUGCAGCAAACAGAGAGAGAUACUGAAGCAGAGAAAGGUGAAAACCAGGUUGACCAUUGCUGCCGUUCUUUACUUGCUUUUCAUGAUUGGAGAACUUGUAGGUGGAUACAUUGCAAAUAGCCUAGCAAUCAUGACAGAUGCACUUCAUAUGUUAACUGACCUAAGCGCCAUCAUACUCACCCUGCUUGCUUUGUGGCUAUCAUCAAAAUCACCAACCAAAAGAUUCACCUUUGGAUUUCAUCGCUUAGAGGUUUUGUCAGCUAUGAUUAGUGUGCUGUUGGUGUAUAUACUUAUGGGAUUCCUCUUAUAUGAAGCUGUGCAAAGAACUAUGCAUAUGAACUAUGAAAUAAAUGGAGAUAUAAUGCUCAUCACCGCAGCUGUUGGAGUUGCAGUUAAUGUAAUAAUGGGGUUUCUGUUGAACCAGUCUGGUCACCAUCACUCCCAUUCCCACUCCCUGCCUUCAAAUUCCCCUACCACAGGUUCUGGGUGUGAACGCAACCAUGGGCAGGAUAGCCUGGCAGUGAGAGCUGCAUUUGUACAUGCUUUGGGAGAUUUGGUACAGAGCGUUGGUGUGCUGAUAGCUGCAUACAUCAUACGAUUCAAGCCAGAAUACAAGAUUGCUGAUCCCAUCUGUACAUAUGUAUUUUCAUUACUUGUGGCUUUUACAACAUUUCGAAUCAUAUGGGAUACAGUAGUUAUAAUACUAGAAGGUGUGCCAAGCCAUUUGAAUGUAGACUAUGUCAAAGAAGCCUUGAUGAAAAUAGAAGAUGUAUAUUCAGUCGAAGAUUUAAAUAUCUGGUCUCUUACUUCAGGAAAAUCUACUGCCAUAGUUCACAUACAGCUAAAAUGAGACGUGACUCUACAGAUACCUCAUAGAAGACAAUCCAAGAUCAUACUUCAUUAAUUUGACAGAGUACAUGUCUUAAAGGAAGCAUCAAGAAUUCAAUAUUUGCAUUUAAAAAUACUUUUUAAGUCCAUUUUGUAUUAAGCCAGUGCUGGAAAACUGAAUUUUUUUAUUAUGUAUAAUAAUCUCGACACCCAGCUUCUGGAAUUGCUGCUUUCUUUUUACAGAAAUCACUACCCAACAUAUUUCAGAAAGUACUAGUAGUUAUCCCAAAAGUGGAAUAAGCAUGUAUUCCUAAGUGUUUCAGAAAUGUUUUAUUUCACAAAUAAGUUUUAAUGUUAUUGUUAUGGUUAUACUUUGUAAACAACCUUUUCCAGAUGCUACAGGGUUUUGAAUCUCAAAGUUAACAUUUUUGAUUAUUUGUAAUCUUAGAACCAAAUCUUUACUUAUUGUGGUCACUGUUAUUCAAUGAUUUAGGAAAUACUUUCAAUAUUAUUCUGAAUGGCUGAAGUUAGUCUUAAACUCAAAUUACUAUAUAAUGAUUUAAAACAAAAUAAAGGAGCGAGGAUGGCUGUUGGAGUUUCAGGUUUAUGUCUUCCCGACAUCACUUUUAUCAUUCAUGGAAUUGUCUUAAAAAGGCAAGAGACUGCAAAAUGUAAACAGUAAUCUUCGUUCCCUUUAAGAACUGCCAACAAUUUGUACAAAAAACGUGGUACGUUGCUUCCCGCCUCCACACCAGGUCACCUGUGCAUGUCUUUCAGGGUCAGUGCUAGAGGGUUCAGUCUAUAAUUCCCAUCUUUCACAUAGACUUUCACAACAUUACCCCAGAGAGAAUUUUAUGUUGUAUGAUGUGGGUUAUGUUUUAUUAUGCAUUUAAUGUUUUAUGAUAUGGGUUAGGAUUCUCCAUGGACUCCAGAAACCCUAAAAUACAAUUUUGAGGUCUUCCAAUAAUACCAUAGCAGAAAUAUCCAGGGGGUUGGGGGGAAGAUACUACUUUGAGAAAACAGAAAUGUAAAGGAUUUUUGACCUUAUGUGU